AGUAAAAGUAAAAAAUAAAAAUUAGGUGAGGAGUGAAAUGCAUUAUUGAACAGAGAGAGAUAGAGAUAGAUAGAAGAAGAAGAAGUUAUAGGGAAAUCGACUGGAUCGAGUGUGAGUGUGAAACAGUUCUUGAUGGAUUCUCCAGAAGCUUCGAAGAUCAAUAACAUUUCUUCUUCUCUCUCCACUAUCAAUGCCGCCACAAACAAUCCUUCUGAUGAAUCCCCUCAAGUUCAAGAAUCUCCCUUUUUGAGAUUUGUCAACACUCUAUCUCCGAUAAAGCCUGUCAAGGCUUCUCAUGCGACACAUGGGUUUCUCGGACUCAAUUCUCCACCCCUCGUAUUCAAGUCACCACGUAUCAGUGCUCCCCACCGUGAAACACAAUACUCGGAAAGGCUUGAAGGUACCCAUUUAUCAGAUACAGAAACAUCUCAAAGUAACAUAGGAGACAACAGUCUUGGUGAAGCUCAUAGCGAUUUGAAGAAAUUGAAUUCUCAACUGCCAUUGCCAGAGGUGUUUAUACCAGUUGCUCAAAAGGAUUUUGACCUCAAGAAUGACGCGAAUACCCAAAGCAGCAGUCCUCCAGCAUCUGUCGAUGAAUAUUUGGCUGAUCCCGUGGAUGAUCAAAUGUAUCCAGUCAACCCAGAAAUGGAACAAUCUACUGAUGCGGUUGGGUCAUCAUCACUAACUGAGUCGGAGAAAGUUAUAUUAAAAUUUGAUAGAAGUGACGGUCCUAGUAACAUAGCAGAAGAACUUUUGCCUUUGUUGGAGGAAUCUAAUAUGGUUCAUCAAGAAAGGACAGAAUAUGUUGAAAAUCCUGCAACAAUAGAAGGGGAGAAAAAUGGUGCUGAAUUGGUUUCUCAAGAGCACAUAAACUUAGGCUCGAGUUCAGGUGCAGAUGUUUUUGAUAAACAAUAUUGUCAUGAUUCACUUCCCCAGCUUCAGUGUACAGGAAAUGAUCAACGGCAUCAUAGUGACUGUGCACCUCAAUUGAUGCCUGAUCCUAUCCAGGUAGUUAAAGAAGUUGAAAAUUGCAGUGAGAUGGUGUCAACCUCACAAGUAAAUUCAGAGAAUAUCCCACAAGAUGGCUCUGAGUCAAUGCAGGCUAGUCUAAAGUAUCAUGGCAUCCGUAGACGCUGCCUGCAAUUUGGGGAAGCUGCUUCCGUUGUUCUUGGAAGUAAUAAGUCUCAUGUGAAAUUGAAUACAACUUCAAGCAAUGCAAAAAUGGUUUCUGUGACAGUUUCCAAGCCACCAGGCAUUGGGUUGCAUUUAAAUAGCAUUAUAAAUGCAAUGCCACCUAGUUGUGCUUCAACUACAGGUGUGAGAUUAUCAGAUGGUUUACCGGGGUCCAAAUCUUCUAUAAGUUUGCAUAUAGUGGAAAACGCAACAAGAUCCUCAACUCCGUCCAAUAUGGAUGGUCAAUCUUUUAUUGAUACUAGGAAUGAGAGCAAUGAAACUGAUGCUUCAGUAGUUGCAGAUUCUUUCAUUUCGGAGUCUCCUAUCUUGACAGAAUCCAUCGACCUAUAUCCGGCAAAUGCACCUGAUAAGAGGAGGGUAAGCCCUACAGAUGCUGAGGAAUUCAACCAUCCUAGCACCUCCAGGAAAAAGAAGAAAACAAGUACUGAUGACGCCAGUGGACCUAAGACGUGCAACUGUAAGAAGAGUAAAUGUUUGAAACUUUACUGUGAUUGUUUUGGUGCUGGAAUCUUCUGUGGUGACGGUUGUGCUUGCGAAGGCUGUGGUAAUAGAGUAGAAUUUCAGGAUAAAGUUGUUGAAACAAAACAACAAAUUGAAUCCCGUAAUCCACAAGCAUUUGCUCCCAAGAUUGUACCAUGUGCAGCUGAUGUUCCACCGAAUAAUAUGGAAGAUGUGAAUAUGACAACACCGGCAUCAGCUAGGCACAAAAGAGGUUGCAAUUGCAAAAGGUCAAAGUGUACAAAAAAAUACUGCGAAUGUUUUCAGGCUAAUGUUGGAUGCUCAACUGGAUGUCGAUGUGAUGGGUGUAUGAAUGCCUUUGGCAAGAGAGAAGAUUUUGUGGCAAUGGAACAUGCUUCUAGCAAUGAAAGGGAGAGCAGCAUUGUUGAAGAAGGGUUGGAUGACAAACUGCACAAAAGACAGAAAAUUGUGACAAUCAGGACAGACUUGUUACGACCAGCAAAUCACCUCUCACCUGUAACACCAUUGUUGCAAUGCUCUGACCAAGGCAAGCAGGGUGCAAAGUCCAGACAUUCCUCUACAAAUUUGACUAAAUCUUCUAAAAAACCACGCAGCAGUCUUGCACAUUCAGAGUCGAAUGAUUCUCAGAAGAAUGCUCCUCCUACACAUUCUUCAUCUACAGAAAAUGAGUGGAUAGAUCUUCCACCAUACCAGCUCUCCAAUAGAUGCGGUAUUCGCCAGUUGUCUGGGGGCUCUCUUCGUUGGCGCGGUAGUUCACCGAUUACCCCAAGCGCCAACUUAGAUGAUGAAUCAGAUGGGAAGCUCUUUGACAUUCUAGAAGAUGAAACACCUGAUGUAUUGAAGGAAGCUUCAACUCCCAUCAAGUCUGUGAAAGCAAAUUCUCCAAUCCAAAAGCGAGUUUCUCCUCCACAGAGCCAUCUACUUCGGAUUGGAUCAAGCUCCUCAGGUGGCUUGAAAAGUGGCAGGAAAUUUAUAUUGCAAUCUGUUCCUUCAUUCCCGCCAUUGACCCCUUGCGCUGAUUCUAAAGUCCUUAAUGACAAUGAGGAUUCGGGUAACAGCACAGAUAAAGUGACAUAACCCGAAAGCAAAAUAUUGCCCUCAAUGUGUAUAAUGGUUGGCAUAUUGUCUGGUAAAUGCAUGUUGACAAAUUUGAUUUAAUUUUUUUUUUCUUCCCGUUAUUUGGUGUAGAAUGUUUUGGAAGCUUACCAUUUCUGUGACACCUCCCUCUUCAAUUUAUUUGGCAAACAGGCUCCCAAAUCACCCCUUUUUUUUUUAACAAAGGUUCCCAGAUUACUUAUUAUUGUAUGAAUCAAUGCAAAUUGAAGUUAUGACUGAAUCAUCCUUCCAAUGUGUAGCAUUACUUUAUAUUUUUACACAUUGAAAGUUGUUUAUAAGUUAUUUCUCGGAACAGAUUCUGUAUAGUUUAUAUUUUUGGGUAUGAAUGAAUGCUGUUCCAUA